AUGGUCACAUCCCCAAAGUCUAUCCAAUCCACGCCUGCAACCCUGCUCAAGGAUAUUAUCAUUCUACAACCUCCACGUUCACGAUGCGGCUGUGGACCGGGUCUAGCACUCGUGCGACCAAGCAGCCUUACACCCUGCGAAGGUUACAAUACCAGCCUAGAUCCAACUCCAAUGCAGAAGUGGGUAGAGGAGAGCUAUGCGGUUGUGCAGAUCACUAUAGAUGAGGAGACAGCUUCUGAGAUGUUGCCAGUUUUGGUACGGACGGGGGUAGUGACGUUGGCAUAUUUGUCCGAGUGCGACAAUAAAGGUAAGUUCAACCUAUUAGCUGGCGGAACAAGAGAACGGGGUGCUUCUAGUGAUAGUCAGAAGUUUUAUUCGUACCCGGUGGCCGUGUCAGCUACCUUUAUUGUACCUGGACAUGAUGUUUUUCGGAGCUCUGAGGCAACGAUCGCGCAUUUACGAUCCCUGACCUUUCUGAAGAAGUGUCUGGAUGGACCGUAUUUUGACCUUGAAGCGAUUUGGGAGGAACACACAUCUUUUGAGUCUGAUGACCACCCAGAACCGUAUGUGAAUGGUGUACCGACAGUGAUUAUUGGACGUGCAAACCUGACGAACUUCUACUUGAAACACUUCAUUUUCAGCAAUCCUGACAACUCGGCCAUGGAACUCCAGUCGUACAGUCGGAUUAAUCGUGUUGUGGACGAACUCAUCUUCUGUUUCACGCAUAAUAAGGGAAUCGACUGGCUGAUCUCCGGUGUUCCUCCGAUCGGGAGAUCCCGCCGUAUCCUAUUCACAGCUGUCGUCAAUAUCCGUGGCGACCGACUGUACCGUGAACAUAUUGCUGGUGAUCAAGCAACCGUGCUAGUCCAAUUGGGCCUCCUGCUGGAAUAUCUUCCCUUCCCAUAUGCGCUACCAGAUGGCCACCUGCCAGUCCCGGGAAACGAUUCGAAUACCGACGAGCACCUAGUACCGUCAAAUUGGAUGAUUUGA